AGAGAGUACUAGGAAGGAAGCAGAUGGAAACAUCUGGUUUUCAAGCCUGAGAAAAGUAGAAAUCUGUGCCGAAGCUUCUUCCCAAAAUUCUAAACUCUUGAGAAAGGAUUGGCAUAGUCGUUGACCAUCACUACUGAAUCAGGAAAGAAACUGAGGGAAGAAUCAAGAUUGAAAAGCAGCAAUCAAAGUAGACCUCAAUGCAUCUCUGAGUGUGUGUCAUGCACAACUCCCUUCUUUCAUAACCUGCAUUUGUUCAGGAGAGACACCACAGUACUGCUGCACCAUCCAUGGAGCACCCCAGUCCUAUUCAUGGUGCUCCUAUUUGGUGCCUGGGCUUAAGUAGAAGGAGUUAAGUGUACUCAUCUGGACCCAGGGAUUCCUUCUGAUGACUCAGUCUUUCCUCAUUCCUCAUCAGUGCUAUGUACCCCACCUGAAGUGUGACUUCUCUGAAAUGGCUCCCAGAUCGCCUAUCUGAUUCUAUUACUCCUAGUCCUUAAACUAUUUGCUUUUACUUGGUGACUUUCAACAGACUUUCACCACCCCCCUCCUCAAUCAGUCUCUUCAAAUGAAACAAUAAGGAAGAUUAAUUAUCUCUGGGUUGGGCUCUUGACUAUUCCAGCUCUUAGUGUUUUGAACCUUUGGAAAUCACUCUGUACAGAGCAGUGGUCAAGCUUCUAGGAUUCUUGAGUAUGGAGGAGCCUCAGCAGAAUCUCCUGAUGAAGGAGGACAAUGUGGAUAGAGAAAAACCGCAAAAAGAUGAAGUUGAUGAUGUUCAACACAUUGAUUCCAAUAAGAUUAUGGCAGAGCCUAGCCAUCCACAAAAGCAGCUGGACUUACAAAAUGGCAGCUUAGACGUAAGCUUGGUCAUGAAUUCUCUUCAGAACGAUUCCCAAAACACAAUGGAGAGCCUGAGCCCAAAGAAAUAUUCUUCCAGUCUGAGAUUUAAAGCCAAUGGAGACUAUUCAGGCUCUUAUUUAACCCUCUCACAACCUGUGCCUCCUAAGAGAAGCCCUUCUCCUUUAGGAACCAGCAUCAGAAGUAGCCCUUCCAUAGCCAAAAUCCAGGGAAGCAAGCAACUCUCCUGUGAUGGGACUGACAAAAGUAUGCCCAUGAAAUCUCCCGCUCCUUUACUCAGCACUUCACUCUCCCUCAGCGGGUAUCCCCAUGGGAGAGCAGACUUUGAUCAUCAUACUGGCCGGGACAGUGAAAGGUCUUUCAGGCUCUCAGAGAAGCCUCCUUAUUCCAAAUAUAGCUCAAGAAAUAAAUCACAUGACAAUGUCUAUUUUCUUGGAGGGCUAGAUGGCCGAAAAGCAUCAGGUUCACUAUUGGCCAUGUGGAAUGGAAGCAUGAUGAUGAAUGACACUGGCCCCUCUCCCAUCAGUAGAUCAGGAGCAGCAAGCAUGCCUUCCAGCCCGAAGCAGGCUAGGAAAAUGAGCAUCCAGGACAACUUGACACUUCAGCCCAAGUUGACCAGACACAAGGAGCCUGCAUUUGAUAGCAUCAGCUUAAGAAGUAGGAAAUAUUCAGGCAGCAGCAGCCUGAGUCACAUGGGAGCCUAUAGCCGAUCUCUUCCCAGGCUAUACAGGGCCACUGAGAACCAGCUGACACCUCUCAGCUUGCCUCCAAGAAGUUCUCUGGGGAAUUCCAAACGAACAAGAUUGGGGGACAAGGAUCUACCUCAUAACAUAAUAGACAAUGACAAUUACCUGAAUUUUUCUUCUUUGAGCUCAGGGGCUUUACCCUACAAAACCUCUGCAUCUGAGGGCAACCCAUAUGCAAGUUCCACCCUCAGUGUCCCUGCUAGUCCUCGAGUGGCUCGGAAGAUGCUUCUGGCCUCCACCUCCUCCUGUACCUCUGAUGACCUUGAUAGGGCCCCCUACUUAGGGAAUAGCCCAGGGCAGUCAUUUCCUCAUGGAGAGCUGGACAGAAUGUUUGCAGCCAGGAGGAACUUCUCUUGUGGAUCUGUUGAGUUUGAUGAUUCAGACUUGGACAGCCUCCGACAGUCCUCAGGAACUCCCCAGCCUGUCCUUCGGGAACGAAAAAGCAGCAUUAGCUCCAUUUCAGGACGAGAUGACCUGAUGGAUUAUCACCGCAGGCAAAGGGAGGAAAGACUCAGGGAGCAGGAGAUGGAACGAUUGGAGAGACAGCGUUUGGAGACAAUCCUCAGUCUCUGUGCUGAAUACACAAAACCUGACAGUCUUGUAUCCACCGGCACCACCGUGGCAGAUGUGCAGAAGAUCAAUAAGGAGCUUGAGAAGCUGCAGCUCUCUGAUGAGGAGUCUGUGUUUGAAGAAGCACUCGUGAGCCCUGAGGUCAGAUACAGGUGCCACCAGAAAGGCUCUCUGCACGAUGCGGACUUGUCAGCCUUUGGGAAUCUCAGUCAGAGCAAUGCCAGCUUCCUUUCCCCCAGGAGCAUCAGGAAUGAUGAUCUCCUCAGGGACCUCACCAGGAGCCCCCCACCACCUUCCUCUGCUUUCCUGAAAGCUUCCAGCGAGUCCACUUACCUAAGUAUCCUACCAAAGACCCCAGAGGCUAUAAGUGAAGAACAAAAAGUUCAGGAGUUGGCUGCAAUGGAAGAGAGCAGAAUAGCAAUACUGAACAACCUUGAAGAACUUGAACAAAAAAUCAAAGACAUAAAUGAUCAGAUGGAUGAGUCUUCCAGAGAGUUGGAUAUGGAAUGUGCUCUCUUGGAUGGAGAACAGAAAUCAGAAGCAACUGAACUUAUGAAAGAGAAAGAGAUUUUGGAUCAUCUAAACCGGAAAAUAACAGAACUAGAAAAGAACAUUGUUGGUGAAAAGACCAAGGAGAAGGUAAAACUUGAUGCUGAAAGGGAAAAACUAGAGAGGCUUCAGGAGCUUUACUCCGAGCAGAAGACCCAGCUGGACAAUUGUCCUGAGUCCAUGAGGGAACAGUUACAACAACAACUGAAGAGGGAUGCUGACUUGCUAGAUGUGGAGAGCAAACACUUUGAAGACCUGGAAUUCCAGCAGCUUGAGCAUGAGAGCCGUCUGGAUGAAGAGAAGGAGAACCUGACCCAGCAACUCCUGCGUGAAGUGGCUGAAUAUCAACGGAACAUUGUUACUAGAAAGGAAAAAAUUUCGGCUUUGAAAAAGCAAGCAAAUCACAUUGUGCAGCAGGCUCAGAGAGAACAAGACCAUUUUGUAAAAGAAAAGAAUAAUUUAAUAAUGAUGCUGCAAAGAGAAAAGGAGAAUCUUUGUAAUCUGGAAAAGAAAUACUCCAGCCUCUCUGGGGGGAAGGAGUUUCCUGUGAAUCCUGAUACUCUGAAAGAGGGCUAUAUCAGUGUAAAUGAAAUUAAUGAGCCAUGUGGCAAUUCCAUGAAUCUAUCCCCUUCCACUCAGUUCCCUGCUGAUGCUGAUGCUGAUGCUGUUGCCACUGGGCCUACCACAGCUGUGCUGGUGAGCCAGCCACAAAAUAAAGAGCAUUUUAGAAGUCUAGAAGAAAGGAAAAAACAGCAUAAAGAAGGCCUCUAUCUGAGUGACACUUUGCCUCGAAAGAAAACCACAUCUUCCAUAUCUCCACAUUUCAGCAGUGCUACUAUGGGGAGAAGCACCGCCCCGAAGGCUCACCUGCCCCUGGGGCAGAGUAAUAGCUGUGGAAGUGUGCUCCCUCACUCACUGGCAACCAUGACCAAAGACUCAGAAUCUCGAAGGAUGUUCAGAGGAGCAAUUUGUAGUUCCAAAAGUUCAAGUAUCAAAGGAUAUAAUCACCAACAGAUGAACGAAGGGCAACGGCAGAAAUCAUCUGAAUUUUACAACCGCACAGCAUCUGAAUCAAAUGUCUACUUGAACAGUUUCCACUACCCGGAUCACAGCUACAAGGACCAAGCCUUUGAUACUUUGAGCCUAGACAGCUCUGAUAGCAUGGAGACAAGCAUCUCUGCUUGCUCACCUGACAAUAUCUCUAGUGCCAGCACUUCAAAUAUUGCCAGAAUAGAAGAAAUGGAGCGACUUCUGAAACAGGCUCAUGCAGAGAAGACACGCCUGCUUGAAUCCAGGGAACGGGAAAUGGAAGCAAAAAAACGAGCUCUGGAAGAAGAAAAACGACGCAGAGAAAUCCUGGAAAAACGACUUCAAGAAGAAACUAGCCAGAGGCAAAAGUUAAUUGAAAAGGAAGUAAAAAUAAGGGAGAAACAAAGGGCCCAGGCUCGCCCUCUGACACGCUAUCUGCCUGUUCGGAAGGAAGACUUUGAUUUAAGGAGCCACGUAGAGACCGCUGGCCACAAUGUGGAUACCUGCUAUCAUGUGUCCAUCACAGAGAAGACAUGCAGGGGAUUCCUUAUCAAAAUGGGUGGAAAAAUUAAAACCUGGAAAAAGCGUUGGUUUGUCUUUGAUCGGAACAAGCGAACAUUCUCUUAUUAUGCAGACAAACACGAAGCUAAAUUAAAAGGAAUAAUAUACUUUCAAGCCAUUGAAGAAGUAUAUUAUGAUCACCUCAAGAAUGCUAAUAAGAGUCCCAACCCACUGCUGACCUUUAGUGUCAAGACACAUGAUAGAAUCUACUAUAUGGUGGCCCCAUCGCCUGAAGCCAUGCGAAUCUGGAUGGAUGUCAUAGUAACUGGGGCAGAAGGUUACACUCACUUCUUGUUGUAGUGAAUUGGCGCAUCAAUCCACUUACUUCAGGGCAGACUGCAAUAAUGUCUUACAAGAAUGAAGCCAUAUUCAAUCCCAGAUGCAAAGACUCAGCAGACCCAUCGCCUUACUUAACAUAUAUACUCAGAACUCCCUUCACACUAACAAUGAGUCAUUUGUAAAAGAGAAAAUGAUGGUUUUAAUUCAAAGCCCAGCGAUAUAGAGAAAGCAGGACUAUGAAGUACCCAUGAAAAGAAAAUACUGUUUUGACACACGGCAUCACUUAUAGGAACAUUUCGUAGAAGCUGUCUUUAAUCAAUUGUUGAUUUUGGUGAAGUAAAUUAAACAAUUUACAGAGUGUAUAUCCUUGGAAAUAUGAAGUUAUUUUAGCAUCACAAUAAUUGAUAUCACCAAUUGAUAUUGGUAAUUAACUUUUUUUUAAAUGAAGGUAAUUUUUUAAAUUUUAAAAAGUAAGGUUUGUAGGGGACUAUUUCCUAGGAGAAAUUUUGUCCUAAUUUUAAGUACUACACCAAAACCAAAGACUUAACAUCUGUUUAAUAACAGUAGUUUCAAGAGAUGAACUCUAAUUCAUAUUACUCUACAUAUUAUAAUGAUGUUUUAAUACUUGAUGCCAUCAAGUGACCAAGAAGAUGUCUUUAUUUAAAGAGUCACCACCAGCAUAAGCUAUACAUUUGUGGAAAACUACCAUUUUCUUUGGAAAAGAAGAAAAUAAAGCUGUGUAUUUUAGAAGGAAGCAGGCUUGGACUUUCUUGUCACAUUGGGAAGUAUAACAUAAAUAAGUAUUUUUAGUGUAGGGAACAUGAUUUCUUGCUGAAGAGUUCUUCAUUCCUGGUGCUGCAGAUAAAUGCAACUAGUAGCCAAUUUCCUUUACAUUGUCUGAUUUCUCCUUGUAAAGUGUAGCUGCCAUUGCAGAUUUACAUAGUAUAACCUUAAAAUCAGAAUUCUGUUUCCACCAAAGAGCAGACCAAUUAAAAUACUCAUUUAUGGAAGUCAUGUAGUUCAGUAUAAAGGAAAAGGAAAUUCAACUUGCUGUUCUCUGUAAUGUAACGUUUUGUUAUGUAUUUCUUUACAAUUAACUUUUGUAUGUUAGAGCUAAAUUAACUUUUUUUCAAUGAAAUGACUUCAGGAAAGUCUCUUUUAUAACAGUUUUUCAAAUGUCAUUUAUUCUUUAUGUCACAUUGUGUGUGUUUUAAAGUACAAAACUAUUCAAAAAAAUAUAAAACUACUCUUUCCUAAAAUUUAGCAAAUGAAUAGAAGUAGAAAAUAAAGGUGUUGUUUACUGGGGCAAGAGAAAUGAUUAAACUAGAAGUAUCUAUAAAAUCUUUGUCAAGCCUGACAGGGUACAUUUUUUUAAAAAAAAUAUGCAAUGUGGUUUAUACACAUGUAUUCAUGUUACUAAUAAUAAGAUUUUGUACUGGAUGACACAUGAUUUUACUUGAACAGUGAAGGACAAAAUUGUGAUUGCAAAAGACAUUUUUAUAAUUUUUUUCCCAGAGAUCCCCACUAAGUCCUAUAAUGUUCUAAGAGAGUGAAAUGCAAAUGCAAAAAUGUGUUGGUUAAUAUAAAAAUAUAACUUCUGUACUGUACUUGCUUCAUAGACUUGUAAUAGCAUUCUAAUCUAUAUCCUGCAUGUUGUAGUGAACUUUUAAAAUGUUCGUUAAAGUAUGUUGAGUUUGGAUUAAAGUGUUGAAUGAA